AUGCGCCUCCGCCACCACCUGCUGAGCGCCCGCCCUGCUGACGUCAUCGUGUUCGUUGGGGGGGACUCGGAGAGGAGCGAGGCGGAGGGGCUGGUGAUGCGCGCAGUCGGCAAGGCGCUGGGGGCGGGCGUGUGGGCGCACGCGGUGGUGGUGGACGUGGGGAGCGGGGGAAGGGAAGAGGGGCGAAUCCGCGGAGGGGGCGGAGGCGAGGCAGGCAGCGUUGGAGCAGGCGCCGCGGAGGCGCUGGGGGACGCCAUGGCGGGUGUGGUGUGCGCCACAGCCGCGGCCUUCUUCCCCCCGCCCCUUCCUGCGCACACCAACGCGGACGCCCCGUCCGCGCUCGACUUUGAUGACCUGGCCAUGCUGUCAGACCACAACAUUGCCACGUCAGCUGCAAACGGCUCUCGCCCGCUCGCCUCACCGUCGGCCCCUCCCGCCGCUCCCAAGCCCACUGCGACCGCUCCCCGCAACCUCUCUCCCACUGUUGCUCCUACCCCUCCCUCCGCGCCUCUGCUGCCUGCUGCUCCUCCCUCCGCCCCUUCCCCGGCCUACAUCCCUGUUCCUGCCUUCGCCUCUCUCUCUCUCGCCCUCUCCGCCUCUGCCCUCUCCUCUGCAGGCCCUUGCCACGUGGCAGCUGUCAACGGGCUGGCUGCUGACGUGUCACCUGCACAUGCGGCUGUGGGCCCCAUGAAGCAAGCAACGGCGUUUCCUGAUCUGAUGCACCUGGGACGACAGGCUGGCAACACCUGUGUCGCUCCCUCUGCUCAUGCCGCGCCUCUCACCCCUCCCUGCACGCCCCACAGCGACCCCAAGGGAGCAGCGGGGGCGCACAGGACGGUGGUGCAGUGGGUGCGGAACGACCUGCGCCUGCACGACAACGAGGCACUCGCUGCCGCCCACAAUGAGGCUGCCGCUGUGCUGCCCGUCUACUGCUUCGACCCGCGCGACUACGGUUCGCCCUCCCUCUCCCCUCCCAUCUCACCUGCGUUUUCCUCACCUUCCCUCUCCCCUUGGCUGACGCCUCUGUAUGGCAAGUCGGCAUCAGGCUUUGACCGCACGGGGCCGCACCGGGCGCGCUUCCUGCUGCAGUGCGUGGCGGCGCUGCGGGUGGCACUGCGGGAGCGCGGCAGCGACCUGGUACUGCGCGUGGGGCGGCCUGAGGACGUGCUCCCGCGCCUGGCACGCGCGGUGGGGGCGCAGGCGGUGGUGCUGCAGCAGGAGGUGACGGCCGAGGAGAGCCGCGUGGAGGCUGCCGUGGCCGCCCGCCUCAAGGAGGAGGGCGUGGAGGCACAGACCUAUUGGGGCAGCACGCUCUUCCAUGUGGACGACCUGCCCUUCGCCCUGCCCCACAUGCCCUCCAACUACAGCGCCUUCCGUCAAGCCGUCUCCCGCAUCCAGGUGCGGGACAUGGUGGAAGCACCGGAGUACCUCAAGCCCAUGCCUGUCAUGGGCAACGUGCAGCCGGGGGAGAUUCCCUCUCUCGAGGCCCUUGGUCUCUCUGCCAUUCACCCUCGCACUCAGAACGCUCACAUGACGUCAAUGCAGGGAGGGGAGGCGGAAGCAUUGCGCAAACUCUCGGGCUUUGUUGCGGAGUCCAGGUCUGCUGCCACUGGUUCCAAGGCCAUGGGCCCCAGCAGCAGCCAGUACGGGGCGAGCUUCUCAUGCAAGAUCUCUCCGUGGCUCGCCAUGGGGUGCCUGUCCCCUCGCCGCGUCUUCCACCAAGUGCUGCAGCUUGAGGGGUCUCGCGCGCACCAACUCGCAAGCAAGCCAGCAGCCAAGGCCAGGUUGUCUGGACCCAAGGCAGCCACUGCCACAGCUGCCAAGGAACCGAGCAUGGACUGGCUGGUCUUCGAGCUCCUCUGGCGUGACUUUUUCAGGUUCAUCACGAAACGCCACUCUAUGGGGAUUCCUUCAGUCUCAUCGGUGCCAGCAUGA